GGCUCAGGGAGGAAGGAGGCCUGGGAGCUAAACGUGGAGAGCACACGGAGACCCCGGGCAGGGCGGGCUGCAUUCGCGGUGGCACAGGGUGGCCGCGGCGGGUCUCAGCAGCCUGGUGGCCCCUCGGGCUUAGCACGCCCGACAGCACUAACGCGCCGGGGCCGGCCCAGCAAAUCUUUUGUCCGGGGCGGCGCUGAGCCAGCAGGGAGCUGCCGGGUAUAAACCGGGACCCGCGGAUGGGGCGGGGCGCACCAUGGCGCAGCGCUCGGGAAAGAUCACUCUCUAUGAGGGCAAGCACUUCACGGGGAGGAAGCUGGAGGUCUUUGGGGACUGUGACAACUUCCAGGACCGGGGCUUUAUGAACCGAGUGAACUCCAUCCGCGUGGAGAGCGGAGCCUGGGUCUGCUUCGAUCACCCUGACUUCCGGGGCCAGCAGUUCAUCUUGGAGCACGGGGACUACCCCGACUUCUUCCGCUGGAACAGCCACAGUGACCACAUGGGCUCCUGUCGGCCUGUAGGAAUGCACGGGGAACAUUUCCGCCUAGAAAUCUUCGAGGGUUGCAACUUCACGGGCCAGUGCCUGGAGUUCCUGGAGGACUGCCCCUUCCUGCAGAGUGGGGGCUGGGCCAAGAACUGCAUCAACGCCAUCAAGGUGUACGGGGACGGAGCAGCAUGGAGCCCUAGCAGCUUCGGAGCCGAGGACUUCCAGGCAAGCAGCUCUCUUCAAUCAGAUCAAGGACUGGAAGAGGCCACCACAAAACCAGCAACAACCCAGCCACCUGUCCUGACUGCAAAGCUCUGAGCCUGGAACCCAUCGACAUGGAAAUGCACCUGCACCAUUUCUGAGCCAGGAGAGUGUUUGCUUAAAAUCAUGCCCUCA